AUGUCUAUUUGGACCAUGGAAAACAAGUCACCCUUUGUGUCCACUUCGCCGGUGAAAUACACCUACCUGGAGUUCCCUCAUUUGCAGAAGGACCUGAUCUCCAACCACUCCCAAACAAACUCGCCUCCCUCGAGCGUCACAAGUGAGCUUGAGGAGGACAACAUGAUGAACUUGAUACCUAAUCUGUGGUCUGAGGAGACCCAACCGCAGGGACAACCGCUUGCCCAGAACACCCUGGCGCUUCCGAUGUCCUACUCGGUGAGCUCUCCCCAGUCCCGCAACUCUGCCAUGUCGCCAUCACUUCUAUGGGGCAACGCACCAAGACCACCUAGUCCUCCUGUCCAGACGUUUGCUGCCUUGCCUCCGCCGGGCCAUGCGCGCCAGCACAACGUGAGUUUCGCGCAAAAUGCAUCCAACACGCAAGCUGUUCCCAGCGCUCCGAACGCUCCGAACACGCCUCUCACAGAAGAGAACCUCAGCAUCUUACUCGGUAUCAAGCCCAACACACAGCCACCAAUACAAUCCGAGUCGCGGUCUCAACCGCAUGCGAGAUCCCUCAACGGAGCAUCCGUGAACACCAAUCUCUACAAGACCGAGUUGUGUCUGCAAUUUCAGUCCAAAGGCUUUUGCCCAUAUGGAGUCAAAUGCCAGUUUGCUCACGGUUCAGAAGAGCUGAAGCAAGUCCAAAGGUCCAGUAAUUGGAAGACCAAGCCAUGUGUCAACUGGACCAAGUCUGGAUGGUGCAAAUACGGCAGACGGUGUUGCUUUAAGCACGGAGAAGCUGAUGUCUAA